AUGCUCGGGUCCCAGGUUCUUCUCGUCGCCCUCCAGGCGUGGGCGGUCACCGCCGGCCCGGUCAUCGUACCUCGCCAGAAGGACGUCAUCACCGGCGCUCUCGGCAUGGUCCAGUCCUCGCUCACGAAGCUCGACACGGCCGUCAACGCCCUCACCGCGACGGACGCCAACUCGGCCGUCGGCGUCCUCAACGCCGCCCAGGGCGCGCAGUCCUCCAUCGAGAAGGCGACGAGCAAGAUCGAGGCCGCCGACAACCUGGGCCUCUUCGGCGCCCUCGGCCUCCAGCAGACGGCCACCGACCUUGUCGGCCAGGUCCAGACCACCCUCGGCGACCUCGAGAAGAAGAAGCCCGUCUUCGACCAGCUCGGCGUCACCUCGGUCGUGUCGGACGCCCUGCAGCAGCAGAAGGCCGGCAGCGGCCAGCUCGGCGAGAUGCUCCUCAGCAAGGUCCCGGCCAUCGCGCGCCCCAUCGCCAAGAAGAGUACUGGCCAGCUCACUGAGGCCAUCGACAAAGCCAUUGCGACGUUCAAGAAGCCUGCCGCUGCCAAGCCUCCCGCGGCCCCGCCUGCGGCUCCUGCGGCUCCUGCAGCUCCUGCUGCCGCCGCCGCCGCCGCCGCCGCCGCAGCUGCGGUAUAG